AAAAACCCUUGGCUUGGUUUCUUUGUUCCUUGCUCGUCUUUGCUAUGGUCUCUACAUAGCUAACUUUGGCUCUCUGAAUUGUGUAUGAAUUCGCAACUAACAGCACGCGCCUGCGGUGUCUCUUAGUCCACAUUCAAAUGUCUUUCUUCACUCGUCUCCAUCUCUUCGCUAGGCCUUUACUCUUCUACUCCCAGAAUGAAGGUAGAGAAAUAAUGACCAGGAUUGGUAUGAAUGCCUGCUCACUUUCUUCUGCAGUUUCAGCUGAAGCUUCAGAUUUAGAAUGUGAUGAGACCCAUGAUGAUGUCAAAGCAGCAGAGAAAAGUAAUGCACUUUGCUUGGCUGUCUCGCAGCUUGCCAGUGAGUUCAGCAACGAGUCAAUGUUAUCUUUGCAGAAGUUUUUUGGUGUAAGACGUGCUCAUGUGAUAUCUACAGGCUCCUUGAAGCUUGACCUGGCUCUUGGUAUUGGAGGAUUGCCAAAGGGUAGGAUUGUGGAAAUUUAUGGACGAGAAGCAGCUGGCAAGACUACACUUGCACUUCACAUAAUUAAAGAAGCUCAAAAGCUUGGAGGUUAUUGUGCAUAUCUUGAUGUAGAAAAUGCAUUGGACUCUUCACUUAUGGAAUCAAUAGGUGUAAAUACUGAAAACCUUCUUAUAUCACAUCCUGAUUGUGCUGAAAAUUUGUUGAGCAUGGUUGAUACAUUAACAAAAAGUGGAGCUGUAGAUGUGAUUGUGAUUGAUAGUGUUGCUGCCCUUAUCCCCAAAUGCGAACUUGAUCAAUUGGGAGUUUGCCCUAAACGAGAUUUACAAUCACAAAUGAUGACUAAGGCACUGCGGAAAAUUCAUUAUUCAUUAUCUCACUCCCAAACUCUCAUCGUUUUCAUUAAUCAGGUUAGAUUUAGUCCAAAAUCAGUUAAUGGAUGUGGAUCCAUGGAAGAGGUCACUUGUGGUGGAAAUGCCUUGAGAUUCUAUGCAGCUGUUCGCUUGAGACUUUCAAGAAUGGGAUUGAUCAAAACUGAGGACAAGGUAGAGGGUGUUAUGAUCUGUGUGCAAGUGGCAAAAAACAAACUAGCACCGGCAGCAAUGAAAAAGGCUGAACUGGGUAUCAAGUUUGGAAAAGGCUUUUGCCAUGAGUCAGAGAUCUUAGAUUUUGCUUGUGAACAUGGAAUCAUUGUGAAAGAUGAGGAAAGCUACUUUAUAGAAGGGGAGAGUUUCAAUAGUAGAGAAGCAGCCGAACUGUUUUUGGCUAAAAAUGACACCGUUUGUGACAAGUUGAUUAUGGAUAUGAGAAGAUUUUAUUUUUAAAAUCAGGUGGACCUUUAAAUAUCUUCCCAUAAACUUGCAUAGCAUGGAAUUACUACGCAAAUCUUCCAUGGUAUGCAUGCUUGGCAGACUUCAUGUAACUUAGCAUUGCAAACAUAUUAUCAAGGCAUCAGCAAUGCCUCCAAUGGGUAUCAAGCAUUCUGCAUAUGAUCAGACAACAUUAUAAGUUUACAGGAAUUUCGGCUGCUUUAUAUGGAGUCCCUUGGAUCUAGGCAUGCAAUACUGCAAAGUCACACUGCCAAAAGAGAAAUUUGAUUGCUCUUGCGAACCAUUUGACACCUUGUGUAUUACUGGGGAAUGGUGGUUAUAUUCGUUGUUCAAAGAAAAGUGCCAAUUAUGGAACUGCAAUGUAAAUGAUGAACUGCCUUCAUUUCUGGUUCCCUCUCCCAAAUUCCCAAGGGGGAACUUUCUAGGUCUGUCUUAAUCUAUUGGCUUUUCUAGGUCUGUUGGAUGAAUCUGUAUAUCACUUUUUCUGCAUUCUUGGACAUGUGACCUGUUUUCGAUCAACAGAAAGCGAUCAUCAUUUGUUUUGGGACUAGACUAAAGAAAAGAAAUGUUUAGCCUUGCC